AUGUCGACUCAGCUCGAGAACCUGAAGAGUAACCCAGCUGAAGACAAUGGGCCGUUGAUGAGCAUUGCGACAUGGUGCCUUGUUGGGGUUUCUGGGGCCUUUCUGAUUGUGAGGCUUAUUAUCCAGAAAAGCCAAAGAAGAUUAUGGAUUGAUGACCUUUUGCUUGGGCUCAGCUGGACCUUGCUCCUUGUUCAGGUUAUUCUGAAUCAACUCGCCAUCAACCUAGGUUACGGAAAGCAUGCGCUCGACGUCAACCUGUCAAAUUUCAAUACCAUGAUAUAUUAUGGUGCUUCCGAGCUCACGGUAUCCAUUAUCGCAAUUACGCUGAGCAAGAUUUCCUUUGGAGUCACCUUGCUUCGAUUGACCAGCGGUUGGACUAGAUAUUACGUAUGCUUUGCUAUCACAACCCUGGCGGUGUUUGCGAUCCCGGCCGCUACCGUCCCCUGGACACAAUGCAAGCCCAUUGCUAAGACCUUUCUCGAUAUCCUUCCAGGCACAUGUGUUGAUAAGAGGCCUUCUGUAAGAUAUGGGAACUUCCAAGCCAUAUGGUCCGCACUGAUGGAUGUGUCUCUCGCCUUGCUACCCUGGAAAAUUCUGUGGAACGUUCAGAUGCGUACCGCAGAAAAGAUAGGAGUUGGUCUGGCUAUGAGCUUGGGUGUCUUUGCGGGAGCCGUGGCUAUUGUCAGAGCCCACUAUAUUGAGAAAUUGGCCGUGCUGGAUACAUCUUACGACUCGUACACUUCCAUCAUCUGGGCGUCAGCAGAAGCAGCUAUGGCGAUCGUAGCCACGUCGAUACCCGUACUCCGCGUCGUUCUCAAGGGAGUGGUCAACACAGCCAUCGAGGGCUACAACACGUCCGGCCGAAGCAAAUCAAGAACAAAUCCGAGCCAGGCAUUGAGCUCAGGGGGGUGGAAGCAGUCAAGCAAGAGGCCGGCCGAGCUAUCAGUGACCUUGUGCGGGGACGAAUCACUGAUGAAAAGCCACGGCAAAGGUUACUUAGAGCUGGACGAUCUAAUUGUUGAUGAGGAUACUGGCCGGGUCUCAGCCGCAACUCCAGUGUCUAUAUCAGAAGCGAAAGAGCAGAAAGUGCCGCAAUGGCCUCUGUGA